UCCUCCUCCUCCUCCUCCUCCUCCCCCCACAGGAGAGAAGCCAUGGCCGCCAUCUUCUUGCCGGGCAACCUACGGGACGAAGCCACCUGCUCGGUCUGCUUGGAGUUCUUCAAGGACCCCGUCUCCAUCCAGUGCGGCCACAACUUCUGCCGGGGUUGCAUCGUCAAGAGUUGGAAGGACCUGGAGAUGGACUUCCCUUGUCCCCAGUGCCGGGAGGUCUUCUCCCAGAAGAACUUGCGACCCAACCGGCAGUUGGCCAACAUGGCGGAGAUCAUCAGCCAAUUCGCCUCGCGGGGGGUCAAAGGGGAGGGAGUGGAAGAGGAAGAGGAAGGCCUUUGUGGCAAACACCAAGAAGCCCUCAAGCUCUACUGCAAGGACGACAGGAGGCCCAUCUGCGUGGUCUGCGAUAGGUCCAAGGAGCACCGGCCCCACGCCGUGGUCCCCGUGGACGAGGCCACCGAGGAGUACAAGGAGAAGAUCCUUGGACGCUUGGACUUCCUGAAGAAGGAGCGACAGGAGCUGCUGGAGUUCAAAGUCAACGACGACAAGAAGACCCAGGAGCUCUUGAAAACCAUCGAGAAUGAGCGGCAGAAGGUCCUCUCGGAGUUCGAGAAGAUGAGGCAGUUCCUCCUCGACCAGGAGCACGUUCUCCUGGGGCAACUGGAGAAGAUGGAGAAGACCAUGGCCAAGAGGCAGAACGAGAACAUCAGCGACCUCUCCAAGGAGAUCACCCUCCUCAACAAACUCAUCACGGAGCUGGAGGAGAAGACCCAACAGCCCAUGUUGGAGUUCCUCAAGAGUUUGGACCUUCAAAAUUCUUCCAACUUCCUUGUUUUUUUUUUUGGUGUCACCACCGCAGAAGACCUCACCUUGGACCCGGAGUCGGCCAAUCACCUCCUCAUCCUCUCCUCCGACCUGAAGAGCGUGAGGAUGGGAUGUCGGAAGCAGGACCUCCCCGACAACCCCAAGAGGUUCGACACCAACUCCAGGGUCUUGGCCACCACCGGGUUCCAAUCGGGACGUCACUACUGGGAGGUGGAGGUGGGACCAUCAGAUGGUUGGGCCUUCGGGGUGGCCAAGGAGUCGGUCAGAAGAAAAGGUCUCACCCAGUUCUCCCCAGAAGAAGGCAUCUGGGCCGUCCAACAAAACGGAGGACGUUAUUGGGCGGUCACCUCCCCCCAACGGACGCCGUUGUGUCUGGAGGAGAAGUUGAGGAAGGUGAGGGUCUACCUGGACUACGAAGGGGAGGAGGUCUCCUUCUACGACGCCGAGAGGAUGAAGCACAUCUUCACCUUCCACGUGGCCUUCCAGGAGAAGGUCUUCCCCCUCUUCUCCGUCUGCUCCACCGUCACCUACAUCAAGAUCUGCCCUUGAGGGCAUCUGGAGGACCUUCUG